UGUUUCAAUAUGUCAUAUGACAAAUUCCAGAAUUUGGAAGAAAUUAGAAUAUAGAACUAUUAAACAACUUUUGUAAUUAUAAAAACACUCGUAUAAUUUUCAGUAUAUUCUCUUUCAAAUACCAUUUUCUAUAAUAUUUAGAAUAUUAUCUUGUGAAUAUAUAAUGUGUUUUCAGGAGGUUGAAGGUUAGGAAAUUACAUUUUUAAUAUCCAUGUUAUGACAGUUGUUCUCUAUUAUAUUAUUAAUUGUAAGUUAAACUCUUCAUGAUGGAAAAUAAUCAGGUUCUGAUAAAGGAUAUGAGACCAGGACUCAAAAAUAUAAAUGUAAUUUUUAUAGUUCUUGAAAUAGGUCAUCCAACUGUUACAAAAGAAAACAGGGAGGUAAGAACGUUUAAAGUAGCAGAUGGUACUGCAUGCAUAAAUGCAAGUAUCUGGGAUGAAGCGGGACAAUUACUUAUGCCUGGUGAUAUUGUGUGUUUGACUAAAGGCUAUGUCAACGUUUGGAGAAACUGUCUCACUUUAUAUAUUUCGAAAGGUGGAGAUUUACAGAAAGUCGGUGAAUUUUGUAUGGUGUUUAAUGAACAGCUGAACAUGAGUGAAGUGAAUCCAGCUUUAACCCCAAUGCCUCCAAUGUGCGGACCACCAAAUAAUCUUCCUUUGAACAAUGGAACUAACAAUGGUGCAGGAAGAGUAGGACCACCUGUACCAGUACCACCAUCUGUACCAAAUCAGCCUAUUUUCAACAACACAAAUUCAACAUUGAAACUCCCAACAGUAAACAAUACAAACCGAAUAAUUGGUAAUGGACCACCUGUUAGUACCGACAAUAAGAGGAAACGAGGAGCAAGAGGGACCCAUCCUAAGACUAAUAAACACAGUAGGGGUAACUAAUUCAGAAAUGGAAUCAAAAGAAAUAGAUCUUGUUAUCAGAUUAUUGGAAGGUUCUAGGUUCUCUCAUUUUCAAUUCAAUCUCGACGAUGGUUUAUUGAUUUUUUUAGAUAUUUAUGUAUAUAAAAAGUGUAAGGACCUUAUUUGGCCAAGUGUAUUAUGAAAGCAAUCAUCCCUCAAUGAAUUGAAAUUGAGAUCAAAUAUAAAUUUCAGAAUCAGCUAAGUGAUUUUUGUUUCAAUGUGUCACUUAUUAGCAGAAAUGAAUGUAUCAAAACUGGAAAAACUUCAGCAAAUCCAAAAUUUCUCAGUUUCUGAUUUGAAGUUAUUACAAAAUAAAAGAUGUGAAAUAUUGGAAUGA